AAAAGCCAUCGCGCCGCUCCUUCGUCGACUGCCACCGGCUCGACAGGGACCGCCCGACAGGCCCUGCCCUAUCCGCCCGUGCCUUGAAGUGUGCCCAUAUCCGCCGCGCUCCCCUUCUCCUCGUCGACGCUGCUGUCCUGCCUUGCCUUACCUUGCCUUGCAUAUUCCCUAGACGCUACAUAGACUAACCGACUCAACCCCAAACACGGCCGUCUGCAUCCCGCGCCGCCGCCAAUCCUGCGGCGACCAGCAGGCCCACGGCCCAUUUCCGCGAAACACGCACGCAUCCUAUCGCCAGUCUUAAUCGCCGCCCCUUUGCCGUGCUGAGCAGGAAUCGACGAGUGCCCAGCAGGAAUCGACGGGCGCUGAGCAGGAAUCGCCCGCCGUGCACGUCAUCGGCCAGCAGCUGCACAGCCCGACCGCGCGCCGCGUGUGUGAUUGGACCGAGCCAGCAUGUUCGCAGAGCCGUCAGUGCCAGAACGCCGGCCGUCGCCUGGCCUCCGCCUCGACCUGCCCUCCAACAACCCCUUCCGCAACCGCGCGAGCUCGCCCGGCCUGCCCUCCCCCCACGACCAGCAGCGCUCCAGCUCUGCCAGCCGCCCCAUGUCGCGCAACCCCUUCAUCACCACCUUCGAGGCCGAGUUCAACAAGCAGGCUGCCCGCGGCGACCUGAUUGACAUUGACAUGUCGGCCACGAUGCGCGAGUCGCCCAAGCGCGCCACCUUUGGCACCGCCACCGAGGACCUUUUUAAGAACCUCACCCUCGACGACUCGGACCGCCAGCGCCCGCCCCAGCCGCGCCCCGCCCCCAACCGCAGCGGCACCGAGCCGCGUGGAGGCCACCGUCCCUCGCGCUCAGACGAGGAGGAGCGCGAGAGGCAGCGAGGCAUGCCCAGUGGAAUGGCCCGCCCACGCGGCGCCCCAGGCCCGCGUCCUCCACACCAGAGCAGCCCCGAGCGCCGCGAGAACCGCCGUCCGCGCCGCAACUCCGAGUCGUCCAUUGUCGACAGGGGCAACUUGGACCGCGACGAGGAGCGCAGACGCAGGGAGCGCCGCAGGGAGCGCGACGACCGUGACAAGGAGCGCAAGUCGGGCCCUCGACGCGUCCGCAAGCCUCAGGGGCUCGAUCUGAUUGACAAGCUCGACGUGACGGGCAUCUACGGCCCGAGCAUGAUCCACCACGACGGCCCUUACGAUGCUGUCCAGCCCCACCGCAACCGCAGGAAGGACCAGCGCGCCCCCAUGUCUGCCUUCCCCGUCGGGUCUGCCAACAACUCGCUCGGUGGCUCCGGUCCUCUGAACCAGAAGAUCGAUGUGGAGCAGUUCCACGGCAGGGGUGCAGAGGGCUUCUCUGAUUUUGGGGGCACAGAGGGCGAGUGGAAGAAGCCGGCCCCCGUGGCUGAAUUCAACGCCAAAGGCCGUGAAGAUAUCCUACAUGGGACGCAGACCACCGGCUUGGGCACUUCCACGUUCCUCGAGGGUGCUCCGGCCUCGCGCACCGCCAUUCAAGAGAACCAGAAAACCAUGGCCGAGGGCGGCUUGGGCCGAAAGAAGUCGAUUGCGCAGCGCUUCCGUGGAGCCUCGCAGUCACGCAAGUACGGCGACGGUCCUCGCAUCACCUCUCCCGAAGCCCGAUACGGCCCUGCCACCAGCCCGAAUGGCGUCUACAGCGCCGGGCCGCUCUCGCAGACCAAAGCAACUGAGACGAACCCCUUCUUCAACGACGAGUACGACCAAGCGUACGACAAGAAGGGCGCGGCCAUCAGGACUACCGACACGGAAGGCAGGACCGGGGUUUCACCUCCCGGUCGCAAUGGCUUGCACCGAACCAUGACUGCAGACAGUAUUGGAUCUCCAGGCGAUGCUAAGGCUGGCGGAGGCUUCCUCAACCGGAUGAAGAGUUUGAAGGGUGGUCGUAGGCGUCCUGCUUGAGCGAGUGCUAUAGUCGAUUGACUUGGCACAACGCGCGUUAGAAGACAAUCAGCUCGGCUUGACGCAUCCCAGGUCACAGUCUAUUUCAGUUCGUCACAUCGAUGUGGGUGGACCUUGACAUGAUUCUCCCUUGACAUCGUCACACCCUACCCUACAUUCUCACUUCCAGGCGUUCAGUGGCGAAUUGGAUUUCGGAGCUUGGGAACCAAAGAUCUGGAUAUUAAUCCCCUUUACAUUGGGCAUCAAAAUGGCAUAGCAGGGUCCUCUCGGGUCACUUUUUUCUUUGGUGGACAUUGAAUGUGAAAACAAUUGGGCGGUCACACACAGUCUUGUUCCACAUUGCGAUAAUGGGGCUUUAAUCGCCGGCGAAGCAGG